UCCAUUCGAUCGAAGAAGAUCGAAAAAGGUGCGAAGCGAACGUGGCGUAAACCUUUUCGCCUCGUCUUUCAAAAAAGGGACUGGCGCAGCCAGCUGUAGAUUAUGUUCUACGUACGUAAAGAUGUCGUCACGAGAAAUAGUCGCGAGUCGUUGACUUACACUGUCUUACACUUUACAGUUACACAAAGUAAACUUUAGUUCUUCGCUUGCUUCGCUGUCUUGAGGGAGAGAAGAGUGUUGUUUGUGGCGACACGCCAGUCGUAAGGUAGAAUGAGAUUUUGUUGCAGUCGAGACCUAGGCUAGUGCAGGCCGGCAUAACGCGCUUUGCGGGAGAAUGGACAAAAAGUCAAAAACAUUGCUUUCCUCGUUGGCACCGACCUUUGUCCACACACUGUGACUACAGCAUAGAGGGUCUGCCUGUUGACUUUUGCAGAGUUCUCAAGUACGUGAAUCAUCGGCACCAUGCUACCCAAGCAGAGAAAAUCGCCUCCGGGUAGGCAAGUGCAGAGUCGGGCGGCCCCUGCUGCCACUACCAGUCACCCGUCCAGUUUGCUGCCUUCAGCAGCAAGCCGAGCAAGUUCACAAGCAUGCGCUGGACCAGUAUUCCCGUCCACACCAUCCUCCACCGGUGUUGAAAUCCAGUGGCCAGCUGGCAACCCACGCGAUCGGCUGAGAAGCAGGAGACGAGAUGCAGCCGCAGCGUCGCAAAGUGACCCUGGAACAACAUCACCACCGUCAUCGGCAUUUGAUGUGCAAGCGCAGCGGGCAUAUAGCUCGCAGCAGAUGCUGAGGCCAAGCAGGAGCAUUGGCAUGGUAACACAAGGCGAGCCAUCAUCCUCAGAGCUAUGCGUUAGGACUUCUGGACAAGUAUCACCGCCUCGGGUGCCAGCAGGACCCGCGCCGGGUUUGUUGCCGGGGCGGCGUCAGUUUCUCGCGCUUCCCACAACAAUCAAUGAGCAGACGGUGCCAGCACACGUAAAUACGCUGGCAGCGGCACUAUCGUCUCGUACAGCAACAGUGCAGUCGUCUCAUAUGGCAGCCGUCCAAUCACCCCACACAGCAGCUGAUCAAUCACAUCAUCGUGCAGGAACUGUGCAAUCACCUCAUAUGGCAUCUGUGCAAUCACCUCAUAUGGCAUCUGUGCAAUCACCUCAUAUGGCAUCUGUGCAAACACCUCAUAUGGCAUCUAUGCGAUCACCUCAUAUGGCAUCUGUGCAAUCACCUCAUAUGGCAUCUGUGCAGCCAUCUCGUGGAGCGGCGGCACAUUCACCGCGCACGGCCCCAGCAGAAGCAUCUGGCUCUUCAUUGCCGUCCAAAGGCACCGGUCUCCCAGAAAUGACCAAGACACGUUUCCGUGGUGCACCAAGUACAUGGAGUCAACCGAAGCUCACGGCCAGCCAGCCGAAGCGGAUAGCUAUCACGAAUCCGAAGGCCGCGCCGACAGGUCCCAGGCCUCAUUUCCCGUAUGGCGAUCCGUACGCAAUCCGAGACCCGCCGAACGAUCCUGACUUUCUUGCACUGCAGGCGAGAGUGCGCGCCAUCAGCAAACUGCAGCUGGCGACGGUGAAAUUGGAGAGUGAGAGAAAGCAAUCGCGUCGACGCCGGCCGCCCUCAAAGAACUCGGUAUGGGCACGCCUUAGUUCGUGCAGCUCCUCAGACAUGGAGUCAACACGCAGACAGCUGCAACCUCAACAGCAGCAGCAGGGUGGCAGUACCAGUCGAGAAGUGCACCGUGAUGCUCACCAGGCACAGGCGCUGAACGACGCUCAAGGACUUCUUCACACUCUCCAAAUCCAACCGCAUCGACCAGCCGCCGCACUUACUACCCCCGGCGGCACACAGGCUCCAGCACGACGAAGACGCAGUACGGGCAUUGCCGGUCCAAGCGGCUCUGUGCGACAGACUGCUCGCAGGGCAUCUAUUGCAGACCCCCUGUGCAUACAGCGUAGUCCGGCGACAACACUGGCUCAGAAUCCAACUGGAGCGGCUGUCCAUGGGACUGGAAGCGAUCACGCCAGCAGCGACACGGAGCGCGGUGCUCCACGACUGAGGAGAUACUCCAGUCAGCCACUCCGGCGGUCUUCUCGAUCAACUACGACCAGUCUGCAGCGCCGUCGGUCCGUCAAAGAGUACUCUUCAGGCUACCGUAUAGCUGUGGACGCUCUUCCAUUCAGCUAAAUACUGUUUGUUAAACAGGCCGCAUGGAUUAGUCUUGAUUCAACACCACUCCAGUCAUGGACUUUUGUUAUAAGAUACAUGGAUGUCUUCAGGAAUGGACCCAAGACACAAUGACCGUGUCACACCCCAUCUCCAUUGACUUGAUAUAAAUUAUAUAUUGCACAUAGUCGAGUUUUUAGGUGUCUGGUUUGAAUAAAGGGCUUACUGUAUUGUGACCAUGUUACGUUGCCACAGUGCUUUGUAAUACCCUUUUGUUUGUUAAUAACUCGGAAUAAAAUCAAGCAGCUUUUUAACCAUCCCUGCAGCAAGUUUGUGAUGAUGACUCUUGAAUUCUCCUUGAUGUGUUAGCAGCAUGUUAACUUAUAUCAUGUCAAAUGUUGGCAGCCUAUCACUGCCACUUUCUUGCUGGUGAGUCUUUCAACAGUUACUCUUACACAACGGUAUUUGAGUGCAGGAAUCCACAACGACCAGGUCGGCGGUCAGCAAACCA